AUGGCCAGCCGGGUCUGUCGAAGCAGAGCUCUGGCUUCGGCUCUCCAGCCUGCGAAGCCCUCCAUCCAAGCCACCAAUGCCCAGGCACUCCGCUGCCUGUCCGCGACGGCGGCCACUGCGCAACAUGUCACCGUCGGCAAGGACUCCCCCAACAUGAGGCACGCGCCCAGGAACCCAAUUGGCACUCUCAAGGCUCCUGUUGUCAACCCUGCCGAUCAGUACGCUUCCAAGGCUGAUGCCCUCCACCGAUACGGAACCUGGGUCAUGGGCUGCCUUCCCAAAUACGUCCAGCAGUUCUCGGUCUGGAAGGAUGAGCUCACCAUCUACAUCCCUCCGUCCGGUGUUAUUCCCGUCUUUUCCUUCCUCAAGUAUAACACCGCUGCCGAGUUCACCCAAUGCAGCACGGUCACGGCCGCCGACUAUCCCACCCGCGACCAACGCUUCGAGAUCGUCUACCACCUCCUCAGCGUCCGCCACAACUCCCGCAUCCGCGUCAAGACCUACGCCGACGAGGUCACCCCCGUCCCCAGCAUCACCCCGCUCUACGACGGCGCCAACUGGUACGAGCGCGAGGUCUACGACCUCUUCGGCGUCUUCUUCGUCGGCCACCCCGAUCUCCGCCGCAUCAUGACCGACUACGGCUUCGAGGGCCACCCCUUGAGGAAGGAUUUCCCUCUUACCGGUUACACCGAGAUCAGGUACGAUGAGGAGAAGAAGCGCAUCGUCACCGAGCCCCUCGAGCUUACCCAGGCUUUCCGCAACUUCGAGGGCGGAUCUAGUGCUUGGGAGCAGAUCGGCCCCGGUGUUGAUCUCAAACCUGACUCUUUCAAGCUACCCACGCCGAAGCCUGAGGAGAAGACGGAGGAGCCGAAGAAAUAG